UGCAAUCAUACGAAUUCACUGAAGCAUCAAAACAUCAAUAUUAUUGUAAUAAUAUAACUCGUUCGGGAUGUUACGUACAAUAUUGAAACUAGCGUACGAUAAGCAAAAAUGUUUCACCCGCGCGUAUGUCCGUCGUGCGCGGAAUCCUGGGGUCGAGCGUCGGAUGGCCCUCCUCAACGAUGACCAACUGGAAACCACAGUCGAAGAGCUGGAGCAAAUGGACGAGGCAAACUUUUCUGAACUUCACAAAUCGCAUAAAGAGUACGAAAAAGAGGCCCAGCAAUAUCGGGAACGGCUGCAAAGCUGGAUCGUUGGAAACAAGUACUUUAAAACUAAACAACUCAACUUUCUUACCUGGUCCGAGAAGGAGCAAAUUCGUUAUUUGCAUAACUUCGACCCCGAAGAGUGGACGAUAGACAAGUUAGUUGGAAGCUUUCCUGCGGAUCGGUACAGCGUGGCAAAAAUUGUUAAAGCCAAAUGGAUACCCAGAGAUGGCAAUCGAAUUCAACGACAUGACGAAGCAGUACGAGAAAACUGGGAAAUGUUUAAAUCUGGUAGAAUUCGUAACAUUGACGAAGGAUUUGCAGAACACUUGAACAAAUUUGUGCACAGAAAUUUCAAAGAGGUACAACAACCCAAGGUCGAAACAAAACGCCUUUAUGAAAUCCAAAAUAUUCCUGAUGAUGGGGAAUUCACUCAGAUCAUUACAAGCUGCAAGAAGUAUGCUAAAAGUGAAACAGUUCCACCAGAUAUCCCGAAACUUGAAUCGGGACAAAACUCCCUAGAGAAUGUACCGAACGUUAAAUUCAAAGCUCCAAACCAGGAUAUGUUUAUGACCGGCGAAGUGGAAGAUCGACGACCAAAGACCUUCAGACAAAUGGGAGGAAAAUUCGCGAACCAGAAUGAGAAUGCUUCAUCAAACAUGGAAUCACAGUCCGCGGUGCUGAAGAUUGAUAAACGCGAAAAAGACUUGAUUAAUUUCGACAAUGAAAAACCGGUAGCCGACAUCAAAGAGCAUAUAACUAUCCCGCGAAAGUUAUACAAAAAAGGAGCAACCUAUCAGUUGGAUGAUUGCUUCUAUGACGACGACGGCGAGUUCCUUUAUCGAGUGCCUGGAAUGAACGGAGCAACAAGGAAUUGAAUCCUUCCAUAGAAUAAAAAGAGUUGCGAUUUUUCUUACCUCACUUUCAGAAAUCAAUCAAAAUAUUAUAUGACGAUCACUGAUGCUUGGCAUAUAAAUCAGUUAC